AUGAGGAAGAAUUUUCCAUGGAGGGGGGCAGAGCACUGGAACAGAGUCAUGGGAGUCUCAUUUCCUGGAGACACCCCAAGCCCUCCUGGACUUGUGCAGCCAUGGUGUCCAAAAAGCAGCUGGCAGAUUUUGGCUACAAGGCGUUCUCGGGCUCCAUGAUGCUGCUGACGGUGUACGCCGGGUACCUGUGCAGCGUCCGCGUGCACAGGAUGCUGCAGCAGCGCCGCCAGCGGGAGAGCGCGCCCGGCCCCGAGAGCUGAGCUCGGCUGGGACUGGGGUGGAGAUGGGACUGGCCCCAAGAGCUGAGCCCGUCCUGGGACUGGCCCCAAGAGCUGGGACUGGUCCUGGGAGCUGGGACUGGUCCCAGGAGCUGAUCCCACACGGGACCAGCCCCAAAAGCUGAGCCCAGCCUCA